UCUGUAUAUAUAUCUAUGGUCGAGUUGGCCAAUAGAAAGGCUAAAGACUUCCUGCAGACGCGCGCAACUUGAAACAGGAAGUACACAUUUCGAUUUCAUGUCUUCGCGUUGGAAAAGCUUUAAAAAUCCCCAAACUUCGAAAUAGUUCGGUUACAAAGGAACACAACUCAGUGGAAAAUGUCCGCUGGACCCGAAACAACAAAUGUGUCGUCGCUUGGGAAAGGAGACGGUUUGCAUCAACAAGUGCUCGCCUCCUUCCCGCUGUGUGACAUGACAGAAGAAGAUUUGACCCAGAACCCUCAGUUCUGUAAACUCCUGGCCACUCUGGCACAACAUGUGGACAAAACCGGACUCGUGGUCCAACUGAAAACUGAGUUGGACAAGGCUGAACAGAAGCUGCAGAGCCAGAGGAGUCACUGGCUGCGCUCUGAGAUUCUCCACAGAGGGCUGCAGGAGAUGAUCCAGGACCACUGUGUCAGGAAGCACCAUGCUGUUGUACCUCCUGACCAGAACAUGUUCUAUGAGACGAUGCAGAAGUGUCUGCUGGUGGCUCAGUGCGUCAGACAGCUGGAUCCCAGUAACACUACAAACCAGGACCAGCCCUCUGUACUGGGUCUCACCCCACAACACUUGACGGAGCUCUUUCCAUCAGAGAAGAAUGUGCAGAGAAUGAGAAGUGGUCUUCCCCAGAAACUGGAGAAACAUCUCAAGGAAAAGUGUCUGAGCCUCCUCUCUUACUAUCAGCCUGAAUGGGAGAACGACAGUGAGGGUCUGAAGACCAUCAAGUUGUCUCAUCUGUCCGCCCAGCUGGACGAAGAGAAGAAAAGAGCAGAAAGUCUGAAGGAGACUUGUCGGGAAAACACAGUUCUUUUGCAAAGACAGACCCAGCUCUACCUCUCUGAGCUGACAAAAUGCAUUCAGCUUCUCCAGUCUCUCAUCUUGGACCACAGGCUAAAGAUCCAGACAGAUUUGGACGGGAAGAAAUUAGAUUACUUCGAAGGCAAAUGUGAAUUAGUCUUACAGAAGAUAAAGACUGAGAUGGUGGAAAUUCAGCUGGACACGUACACUGUCGACUCAAUAUCUGCUCAUAGAAAAAUAAGGGAGAAGCUGGAGUCAGAGCUGAGGGCCUGUAAAGCAGAGAAGCAGUCUGUUGAGUUAAAACUGUCCUCCUUUGAGAUCUUGGGCAAAGAGUUUGAGUCUCUGGCUGAGGAGUACUGCAGAUUACAGCAGGAGAUAGAAAUGAAAAACUGGGCUCUGAAGGAAUUCACCAAGUACAAUGAGAAGUAAAGAUUCUAUCUGAGACUGAGGCCACAGCCGGCAUUUUUUCCUUUUCAGAGUGUGUAAUUUGUCAGAAUGACAUGCUGGCAUUUGAAUGUUGGACACAAUAAACUACAGUAACUCUGGUGAGUAGAAGAACUGAAGGCUCCCAUUAGAGAUCCUGACUGAAGACUUGUUUAAUUCACUUUUCCCUAAAAUAGCUAACCUUGUGAGUCCAUUUUAAUGAGUAUUUCUGUUGUCUUUGUGUCUAUUUAGAGUUCAAAGCUUGUUUAGUCUUUGUCUUUAAUAAGAGGCAGUUUUACAUUCAUCUCCUAUUACCAUAAGGAAGUGAGAAUAACUGUAUUUGUACUUACGCUGCAGACUGCUACUUUCCUAAAAUGUUCUUCCUAUUUAACAAUGAUCAUCUUUUCAGUGACUUCAUGCAACUUUGAUUAAAAUAAAAUGUGUAUUUUUAGCAAAUCUCAUUCAGCAAGUUCAUUUUCUGUAUUGCCAUGUGUUGGUCAGGAGAAAAUAACUUAAAAUAAUUGCAAUAAGGGGUCUGACUAUGCUUUUCUGAGCUAACUGCAGCUGUGCAAAUGAAAUAUAAGCAGCAGGUCUGGACAUGUGCACAGCAUCCUUCCACAUAUGAUGCAGGAGCAUAACACUCCUCCACUGGUGUGUUUUAUAUACUCGACAUCUGGUAAGGGCCUCUUGUAAAACACAAUUCUGCAUUGCUAUGAAGUUAUGUCCCUGUUCCCCCCAGUGUGCUGUCUUUAGCUGCAAUUGUGUCCGUAUUUUCAUAUGUUGUACUGUUACCCAUUAAAUGAUGAUGAAAUUUAA